GCGUACAACAGGCGGGGACCCCCCUGUGCGAGUGCAUCACCUUGCUGGGGGCUCCGGGGUCUUCCCUCGUGUCUGGCAGGAAAUCCCGGCGUCUGUGAGUACACUAUAUCCAAAGAUUGGGAGAUCCUGAAACCAGUUUUAUUCCUUCCGACAGAAGACCGGCUCAAUGGGCAGGCUGGAGUUGAGGCCCAUCCUGUCCCCUCUCUUGGGGCUGGGUAUCCUGAUCACUCUCUUCAUGAUGAAUAUCUGGGUGGCAGAAGCUGCCGACGCCCAAGGCCUCGAUGCCUUUCCCAACGCCACGUGUUUUGGCUCCUUCUAUUGUAACCGCGGCAUCAUACUGCCGAUCUGGUACCCGCAAAACCCCUCGCUUGGCGACAAAGUGGCCCGAGCCAUCGUCUACUUCGUCGGCAUGAUGUACAUGUUCCUCGGAGUCUCCAUCAUCGCCGACCGCUUCAUGUCGUCCAUCGAGGUCAUCACCUCGCAGGAGAAGGAGAUCACCAUCACCAAACCCAACGGGGAGACCAGCGUGGCCACGGUGAGGAUCUGGAACGAGACUGUGUCCAACCUGACGCUGAUGGCCCUGGGUUCCUCGGCGCCCGAGAUCCUCAUGUCGGUGAUCGAGGUGUGCGGGCAUGGCUUCCUAGCCGGGGAGCUGGGGCCCAGCACUAUCGUUGGCAGCGCCGCCUUCAAUAUGUUCAUCAUCAUUGCCGUGUGCGUCUACUGCAUCCCCGAUGGCGAGGUUCGGCGGGUCAAGCACCUGCGAGUCUUCUUCGUCACCGCCUCCUGGAGCAUCUUCGCCUACAUCUGGAUGUACCUGAUCCUGGCCGUCUUCUCCCCCGGAGUGGUCCAGAUCUGGGAGGCCAUGUUGACCUUCCUCUUCUUCCCCGUGUGCGUGGGGUUCGCCUGGAUCGCCGACAAGCGCCUGCUCUUCUACAAGUACGUGUACAAGAGGUACCGCACGGACAAGAGGCGCGGCAUCAUCAUCGAGACGGAGGGCGAGCUGCCCAAGGGCAUCGAGAUGGACGGCAAGAUGAUCCUGGAUCACGGAGACGAGGUCCUGCCCGACGGGACGGUCAUCUCCCUGGAGGCCAAGGACCUGGACGAGAGCCGCAAGGAGGCCAUCCGCAUCCUGAAGGACCUCAAGCAGAAGCACCCGGACCGAGAGCUGGAGCAACUGGUGGAGAUGGCCAACUAUUACGCCCUACUUCACCAGCAGAAGAGCCGGGCCUUUUACCGCAUCCAGGCCACCCGCAUGAUGACCGGCGCCGGCAACAUCCUGAAGAAGCACGCAGCCGACCACGCCAAGAAGACCACCCAACUCAACGAGGAGAAGGCGGAGCCUGGCGACGAGCUGUGCAGCAAGAUCUCCUUCGAGCCGGCCAACUACCAGUGCCUGGAGAACUGUGGGCUGGUCACGCUGACCGUGGCGUGCAAGGGCGGCGAGCAGGACGGCACCUUCUACGUGGACUACCGCACCGAGGACGGCUCGGCCAAUGCCGGCUCGGACUACGAGUACAGUGAGGGGACCCUGGUCUUCAAGCCCGGGGAAACCCUGAAGGAGAUCAGCGUGGGAAUCAUCGACGAUGACAUCUUCGAGGAGGACGAGCAUUUCUUCGUCCGCCUGGGGAACCUGCGAAGUGGGGACGCCGAGGGUAUGUUUGACUCCGACUCCUCCGAGUACCCCAAGGGGCGCCUGGUGUCCCCGCUGACCGCUACCGUGACCAUCCUGGACGACGACCACGCCGGCAUCUUCACCUUCGAGGACAAGGUCCACCACGUCAGCGAGAGCGUGGGCGUGAUGGAUCUGAGGGUCCUGAGGACGUCCGGGGCCAGAGGGACAGUGAUCAUCCCGUACCGCACGGUGGAAGGAACGGCGAGGGGCGGCGGUGUGGACUAUGAGGACACCUUCGGCGAGCUGGAGUUCCUCAACGAUGAGACGAUGAAGGCAAUCCAGGUGAAAAUCGUGGACGAUGAGGAGUAUGAAAAGCAGGAGAACUUCUUUGUCGUCCUGGAGAAGCCAAGAUGGAUGAAACGUGGAAUUUCAGCUCUCUUGCUGACUGACGAUGAUGAAGAGAAUAAGAAACUGUCGGCAGAGGAGGAGGAAGCUCGGCGCAUUGCGGAGAUGGGGAAACCGAUCCUUGGGGAACAUUCCAAGUUAGAGGUCGUCAUUGAAGAAUCGUACGAAUUUAAGAGUACCGUGGAUAAACUGAUAAAGAAGACAAACUUGGCUCUGGUGAUAGGUACCCACUCAUGGCGGGAGCAGUUUAUGGAGGCCAUUACAGUAAGCGCUGGUGAUGGUGAUGAAGAUGAUGAUGCUCGGGAGGAGAAGCUUCCAUCUUGCUUUGACUACGUCAUGCAUUUUCUGACGGUAUUUUGGAAAGUUCUGUUUGCCUUCGUCCCUCCCACGGAGUAUUGGAACGGCUGGGCCUGCUUCAUCACCUGCAUGUUUGCGAUCGGUUUACUUACGGCUUUCAUCAACGAUCUGGCCUCGCACUUCGGCUGCACAGUGGGCCUGAAGGAUUCUGUCACGGCUGUGAUUUUCGUGGCGCUCGGCACUUCUAUACCAGAUACUUUUGCCAGCAAGGUGUCUGCACUGCAAGACCAGUAUGCGGAUGCCUCCAUCGGGAAUGUGACCGGAAGCAACGCCGUGAAUGUGUUCCUGGGAAUCGGCUUAGCCUGGUCUGUUGCCGCCAUCUACUGGGCGUCCAAGGGCCAGGAGUUCCGGGUGAAUCCUGGCUCCCUGGCUUUCUCCGUCACGCUUUUCACCAUCUUUGCCUUCGUCACCAUCAGCGUGCUCCUGUACAGAAGACGGCCGCACAUAGGCGGUGAACUGGGAGGCACUCGCCGUGGCAAGCUCAUUACCUGUUCCAUCUUCAUCAGCCUUUGGUUGUUAUAUGUUGUCUUCUCAGCCCUGGAGGCCUAUUGCCACAUUAAGGGGUUCUAAACCGAGGGGGGUGGGGGGGUGGGGGGGGGGCAUUCUUUUCCCCGCAAAAGAAUGAGCUUCUGCCAGAGCUGCUGAAGAUUUCAAGAGGCAGCCUUGACAUAUUCCAAAUCCCAGAGAAGGUACUUUCUCAGCAUGGAUCACAAAACCAGAUACUUACUGGCAAAAAAAUGAAGAGGCAUUUAUCUAUCUGUUGAGUUUUUUUUUUUGCCUUACCAAAAGGCUCUAAAGAGGGCUGUAACCAACAGUCGAAACAUCAAGAAAAUAAGUCAUUUUUUAAAUUCAAACGGACCUAAAACAUUUUUUUACAUCUCUGAACUGAGCUUGCUGAACAUUCUGAAUGUUGAGAAAGAAUCAGCCAUUGAAGAUAAUAUGUUAGCAUUGUGUAGAUGAAGCUUUGGUCCAUGAUAUCUAAGUGUCUGUCCGUGUAUAGUUGUGAUAAUUCAUCUCAGUGAAUAAGCUGAUCCAGUACCUGUAUGUUUAACUUGAAUAGGAGAAAGGUAAAUGGUGACACUGGUCAUAAAAUAAUGGGUGAAAAUCUGCACCUCACCACGAGGUGUGUAUUUACUACAUGUGUACAGUAGGAUAGGUGUAUUUUUGUCUUGCGGUAAAGCUUGGUGUGCAAGUUGCAUCCUGAUGAUAAGUUUGCGUGUAAAAUAGACAUCCACAUCUGCCCACUUUUUCUAAAAAUUAAUACAGAAUCCAAAUUCAUGGCAACUUUCCCCGUGGUAAACUUCAUUUAUUUAAGUCGCUAAACUCACAAAUAAUUUACAAAAUUGUCCUUCUAGUGUCCAGAUUAGAUUGCCUCACUGAAAAAAAAAAAUACAUUCCAAAACGUUACUAUUUGUACUUUAGAUAAGUGGCUUGAUUGCAGAUGUAUACAGACCUGGAUUUUUAGUAUAAUCUUAGUAGAUUUGGACUAAUCGUGAUGGAAGAAAAUCCUUACAAUGGUAGGACAGAAGAUGAAGACUUUGUCAAAGAAGAUCAACAGAAGAAUACAAAAGGGAAGAUCAAGGAUUCUUUUCCAAAGAUGAGCCUCUUCUUAAUCUUACCAAAGUGAGAGACGGUGCAAUUAUAUUUGAAUGCACUACUCCAACUCCCAUUGUUCAUAAUGGAUUAGCACAAUAUUAUUUGUUAAGGAUUUGACAAUUGUAUCUGCACAGACUAAAUCACUGCUGUGUUCAAUGUUUACCCGCUGUUUUUAGGAUACAAACACUGAAAGAACUAUUCGAACAAGCAUAAGCAGUCGAGAUAGAUGGAAUUCUACCUGAGUUAUUUGCGUCUGAAUUUAUGUAAAGGAUCUCGACUGACUGACUAGUGAGGUGCUUAGGGAAUACAACACACUGCCAGAGAAGUUACCUUUUGCUGAGAUGUUCAAUCAAGACUCCAUCUGCCUUAUCGGGCAGACAUACAGAUUCAGUAGUGUUAUCUUGAAGAAAAAAGCACAGUAAUAUCUCCGCGUCUCGAUCAAUACUGAUCGCUCGGUCAGCAUCACAAAGGGAAAACGCCAAUUUUUUUAAUGUGAUCACUGUUUCUGGAUGCUUGCAGAUUUAAAGAUUUAAAGAAUGGAAUUGGUUAUAAUGUGAUCUGGGGCAACCCAGAAGUUCAAAAACUAUAAAUGUCUUUCCGAUGUAUAGUUGCAUAUAUAUAAACACACAGAGAAUGUACAGUUGUGAAAUGUCUGCAUGCAUCUGUACAAAAAAAAAAUGUUUGGAAGCUCUGUAACUGCCUUCGUAAGAGUCAAAUGUAUAAAAUGUUAAAUCUA